AUUCCUAAAGGGCUGCAUGCUUACAUGCACAGUGAAGCAAGAAUACUCUCCUUACUUCAAUAUGCUGGUGCUAAAAGGGGUAUCCGUCACCAGGAUUACCUUGAGAAAAACAAUAUUGUCCAAAAAAAGCAGGGUGAAAUAGAUGAAAUGGAGAAAGUGAAAGACGCGACACAAAGUCUAUGUAUUGGGUCGGUCCUUAUCGCAACCGUGACAUUUGGUGCAGCUUUUGCCAUGCCUGGAGGUUAUAGAGCUGAUGAUCACACUAAUGGAGGCACACCAACACUCGCUGGAAGGUAUGGUUUUGAUGCAUUCACCCUGGCCAACGGACUUGCGUUCAUUUGCUCCACUAUGGCAACAAUUUCUCUCAUGUCUUCUGGAUCACGAAUACGACAUCCUCGGAGCCGGAUAGAGCACUUACACAUUGCCUACUACCUCAUGUCGGUUUCAGUUACAAGCUUGGUUGCUGCCUUUGCACUGGCUACCUAUACCAUACUAGCUCCACUUGCUCAUAAGACUGCCAUUGGAUUAUGUAUCUUGAGUUCUCUCAUAUUGCUCUAUCAAAAUUGGGAAUUGGCAAGCAAUAAUAUUGCCAUGGUAGCACCCCUCUGCAGGAGAAAUGGGAUAGUCUGGACAUUUGGAGUGUCAGUAUUAUUUAUUGUGGCCAAUGUUCUAAUUCAAUUGUGGCCCAUAAUAGUUGUAUUUUCUUUGGCCACAAUAAACUACCAUAGUCGAAAAGUGGAACCAUUGGUACAACCGCCGACACCACUAACUUGAAGAGGGACCGAAUAUAGGUAGUAAAAGAGGACAUAUUAUGUGUA